AUGGAGGACAAGGACAAGAAAGGAAAUGAGGAGUACAUCGGAGAGAUUAAGGGCGGCCUGCGACCUUCGAUGAAGCUGGUGGUGAUGGGGAUUGUUGACAAGAAGCCCAAGAGCAUUGAGGUGGUGGUGUCAAGCGCACCUCUGCAAAAGGAAUCAGAAGGUGACGUGGGUCUCCAGCUGAAGGUCAGCUUCCUGGACAAAGCCGUCCAACGCAACGCCCGGCUGGCGGGAAAGUGGGGUCCCGCAGAAAACACGCUAUCCUUCUUCCCCUUCGCGCCCGGGGAGCCUUUUAAGCUGGAAAUUGUGUGCGAGCACCAGCAGUUCCGCAUCCUGGUGGACGGUCAGCCACUAUGCGGCUUUGCCCACCGUCUCCCGCAGCUCGCCAGUUUGACAGCGUUACGUGUCUUCGGGGAUGUGAGACUCACCAAGGUGGCCUAA